AUGCCUCCUUCGCCCUGGAUCUGCUCAUCAUGCUUGCGCAGACUUGCGCUGCCGCUUCGCCAUGGCGUGCGAGUACAGCAGCGGUUGCAAAGCACUGCUAACCUAACGAAAGUACCGUCAAGUAAUGCGGUCUCACCUACCCUACUUUCCAAAGCUCGGUCUAUUGCGACAGAGUACACGAACCUCAGUCAGAAGCUGGCUACCGACUUCGAUGCGAGUGCUGCGAAACGAUUGGGGGAGCUGUCGCGUACUGCGGACGCUGUGAAGGCGUAUGACAAAGCACGCUCAUCAUGGGACGAACUACAAUCGCUCUUGAAGUCUUCAGACAAGGAGCUUCAGGAGCUGGCACAAGACGAUGUCGAACCUGCCAAUGAGAGAGUUGAGAAGGCGGAAGAAGCGCUGAAGUCGAGCUUGAUACCCACACACCCAUUCGCGCAUCUACCCUGUCUCGUCGAAAUUAGACCAGGAGCUGGAGGAGAUGAGGCUGCUAUAUUUGCAGGAGAUCUGGUACGAAUGUAUGAGGCUUAUUGUGCGCGGAAUGGCCUUCGAACUUCGCUACUAAAGUAUGAAACUGCGGACUACACUGCUUCGGGGAGCGGUGCAGGUGGGGGCGCUCACGUACAGGAAGCUGUUCUUGAAGUUGAGUCUCCAGGCGCAUACGGAAUCCUUCGUUGCGAAGCAGGCGUGCAUAGAGUUCAAAGAGUGCCAGCUACCGAGAGCAAAGGCCGCACACAUACCAGUGCCGUAAGCGUUCUGGUCCUGCCAUCGGUUUCGGACGAUGCGGGGGACAUGGGCGAAAACAGCUUCAACGAUCCAAAGAGCGACUACUACGUGGAUCCGAAGGAGGUCAGAUCAGAGGUCAUGCGAGCAGGAGGGGCAGGCGGCCAGCACGUCAACAAAACCGAGUCUGCAGUCAGACUGACCCACAUACCUACGAACACUGUCGUCGCAAUGCAAGACACGCGCUCGCAGGUGAAGAACCGUGAAAAGGCAUGCCGAAUUCUGCGAUCGCGAAUAGCCCAGAUGCGGCGUGAAGAGAGAGAAGAAGAGCUGAUGCGCAUGAGACGGACGGCUGGUGCUGGAAAAGUCGGACGAGAGAACAAAGUCAGGACGUACAAUUGGGGCCAGCAACGUGUGAGCGAUCACCGCAGUGGUCUGGACUUAAGGAACCUGGCCGAGGUCAUGGACGGAGGCAAGGCGCUCGAGACCGUCAUGGAUAGCGUUCGAGGCUGGAUGGCGGAGCAAGAAGUCUUGGGCCUGAUUGCUGAGGAGGAGGUCAAGCAGACGCAAGGCAAAUGA